UCUGUCAUUUUCCUAGCCUGCUAAGCUAAUUCAUUUCGUAUGCUGCUGGAAGAAGACAUGGAGGCUGUGUUUCACAGCCUUUACUGAUAGUAGCGGUGCAUGAAAUCCAAUUAUAAUUAGAUUGAAAUCGGAGUAACUUUUGUAUUGAGCUGCUGGGUUAAGUCUGAACAUGGAGUCGAUGUUGAACAAGCUGAAAAGCACCGUCACUAAAGUGACGGCUGAUGUUACCAGCGCUGUUAUGGGCAACCCAGUGACGCGGGAAUUUGAGGUUGGCCGACAUAUUGCAAGCGGAGGUCCUGGCCUUUGCUGGAGGAUCUAUAAUGGGACCAAGAAGUCCACCAAACAGGAAGUAGCAGUGUUUGUGUUUGAUAAGAAGAUGAUCGACAAGUUUCUGAAGUUUGAGAAGGACCAAAUCAUUGAUUCCCUGAAAAGAGGCGUGCAGCAACUGACCAGACUGCGUCACCCACGCCUCCUGACCGUGCAGCACCCUCUGGAAGAGUCACGAGACUGCUUGGCGUUCUGCACAGAGCCAGUGUUUGCCAGUCUGUCCAACGUGCUAGGCCAGUGGGACAACCUACCCAGUCCCGUGCCCAACGACAUCAAAGAAUACAAACUCUAUGACGUGGAGACCAAAUAUGGCUUACUACAGAUGUCGGAGGGUUUGUCGUUUCUUCACAGUGGGGUUAAGAUGGUUCAUGGUAACUUGUGUCCAGAGAAUAUCAUACUCAAUAAGAGCGGAGCCUGGAAGAUCAUGGGCUUUGACUUCAGCAUAUCUUCAAACAACCCCUCCGACGCUGAGCUGAAGUACACAUGUAAAGAGUGGGAGCCCAACCUUCCACCUCUCUGCCUCCCCAACCCUGAGUACCUGGCCCCUGAGUACAUCCUGUCUGUCAGCUGUGACUCUGCCUCCGACAUGUACUCUCUCGGUGUUAUAAUGCAUGCCGUUUUCAAUGAAGGCAAGCCUGUAAUCCAAGUCAACAAGCAUGAUAUUUUUAAGAGUUUCAGUAGGCAGCUGGACCAGCUGAGCAGCAUGAGUCCAGCGAUGCUGAGUAAGAUUCCAGAGGAGGCGCGGGAGCAUGUCAAGAUGUUGCUCAGUGUCUCUCCGACUGUUCGACCCGAUGCGGACCAGAUGACUAAGAUUCCAUUUUUUGAUGAUGUCGGGGCAGUAACAUUGCAGUACUUUGACACCCUCUUCCAAAGGGACAACCUACAGAAAUCUCAGUUCUACAAAGGUUUACCAAAAAUGCUGCCAAAGCUACCAAAGAGAGUUGUGGUGUACCGCAUCUUGCCGGCGUUGACCUCUGAGUUUGUCAACCCAGACAUGGUUCCGUUUGUGCUGCCCAACGUGCUGCUUAUUGCAGAGGAGUGCACCAAGGAGGAGUAUGUUCGCCUCAUCCUGCCCGACCUCACGCCUGUUUUCAAACAGCAGGAGCCUCUCCAGGCUAGUAAUAUGAUCCUGCUAAUAUUCCUGCAAAAGAUGGACCUGCUUCUGACAAAGACACCACCAGAUGACAUCAAGAACAGCGUGCUGCCCAUGGUCUACAGGGCUUUGGAGGCUUCCUCAGUGCAGAUCCAGGAGCUGUGCCUGAAUAUCAUCCCAACGUUUGCCAACCUGAUUGACUACCCAUCCAUGAAGAAUGCUCUCAUCCCGCGUAUCAAAUCCGCCUGCCUACAAACGUCCUCUCUCGCUGUGCGGGUGAACUCCCUGGUGUGUCUAGGAAAGAUUUUGGAGUAUCUAGAUAAGUGGUUCGUCAUCGAUGAGAUCCUUCCCUUCCUGCAGCAGAUUCCCUCUAGAGAACCAGCUGUGCUGAUGGGCAUUUUGGGGAUCUAUAAAUGCACCUUUACCCACAAGAAGCUUGGCAUCCCGAAAGAGCAUCUCGCCACAAAGAGUUUGCCCCACCUCGUCUCUCUUAGUAUAGAUAAUAACCUCAACCUAAAUCAGUUUAAUUCUUUUAUAGCAGUAAUCCGUGACAUGCUGAGCCGUAUGGAGGCUGAACACAAGACCAAACUGGAGCAGCUGCAUGUCAUGCAAGAGCAGCAAAGGAGUCUAAACAUCACAAAUCCAGGGAAAUCAACAGAAGACAUUAAAAGCUCACCCAACUCUGGAAACCAGAUUGACGACAUAUUUGGCAGCACGGGCGUUAAUGGGAAAGAAAAUGGAUCUGCUGCAACACCUUCACAGCCUAAUAGGGUGUCUUUGACUCUGGAGGAGAAACAGAGAUUAGCCAAGGAGCAGGAACAGGCAGCUAAAUUGAGGAGCCAGCAGCCGUUGGCACCCCAGACCAUCAAACCCGCCGCCUCCAGCAGCUCACAGACUAAAGAUCUGACCAGCAGUCUGGUCAACAGCAUGACAUCUCUAAACAGCCUGUCCUUGGCAAGCUCAGCGCGACCAUCCCCAGUGCAAGGCACCACCAUGUCCACCUUCCCCUCCUCCAGUCCUAUGGUGGGUCCAGUCUCUAAUGGUUUUAACCCAGGUAUGGGUUUCCAAACAGGAGGCAUUGGGAUGGGGAUGCGACCCUCGGGACCCGGCCUCUACGGAGGAAUGGCCUCCACCACCAGCACCCCAAACUUUGGGGCCCUUGCGCAGAAUCAAGGACCAUCUGGGCUGACGAACAGACCGCCUGACAUGUCAGCUUUGGACAACCUGUUUACAGCCAACAAGCCCAAAGUCUCUCUCAAACAAAUAGGUCCUCAGGCUGCGCCUGGAGGCAGCACCCCUUGGGUGAGUCAGUUUGGUUCAGCUCAGAAUGCUCAGACUCAGAUGCAGGGCGUGGCAGUUGGGAUGGGAGGGAUGUCCAGCGGGUUUGGGAUGCAAGCAAAUCCUUUCUUCAGCCCGCAGAACUUUUCUCAACCAGGUGCUGCCCCGAGCAUGAAACAAAGUGCAUCUGUGAACAAUGAUCUGCAGGACUUAUUUGGCUGAACAUGAGAAAAAUCACCCCUGAUGAAGUAUAUUCUUUUAGAGACUGUGGAGUGAAGAGCUUUGAAUUAUCACAGAGCAAGACGCUGAAUGAUUGUGGAGCACUUUCAGUGUUUUGUAUUUUAAAUCUUGUCUAAUUUAAUGUCUUGUGCUGGACAUUCUGCUGGAAAAUUAAACCUGUACCAACAGUUUGGUGCUGGUACUCCUUCUAAGCUUCAGUCUUUCAAUGCUGGGGGUUUCCUACUAAUUUUGUACUUUACAACGCAAAUAUUUUGGGUCAAGAUGAAUUUAAAUUCGGCUCAUUCUUGACUAUCUGAAUAGUGGGAGAGUGUUUUAUUUAAAGAACAAGAUUUGUUUUUCUCUUCAUACCUUGAAAAUGUAGAAAACAGUGUGCUCACAUUACAUCUGCUCACUUUCAGGCUUCUGUACUUCCACUGCCUUUCCAGAGCAUUUUAGGAUUUUGCAGUUUUAAAGGGAUCAAAUGUUUGGUUAAGGAACAAGGUGUGUGAGUUCAGUGGGAGGUAGGCUUGGCUUGGCUUUGAAAAGACUUGAGCCACCGAUCUGUGUCCAGGGGGUUGCCGCAGUCGCAGGCCUUCCUCGCUUCACCUCCAUUUUGUGUGUAUGUGUCUUUUUAAAGAUCAACUGAACAAUCCUUCUGGGCUAUAUUCUUUCGUAACAAGACCACAAUUAUCUCCAUUCCUUUAGUUGGCCUCCAUUCGCUACUAUUUUAUCAGCUUUGUGGGGAAAAAAGACAGUGAUUAUUAUUAUUAGUUAUCCUGUGUUUGAGACAGCUGUUGCUGUUGAGCAGUGUUUUACUAUAAAAGCGAAAUGUUUAUGGAGUCUUACAUUAGCGAUCAGUGGUUAGCAUUACACAAACAACCACCUCACCAGGUAUUUCAAAGAAUGUAUACUCUGACCUUUUAAUCUGAGAUAAAACACAAUAAUUUGGCUUGAUUUGUUCAGCCUUCUUGUUAUUUCCUCCCAUGUGCUGCCCUCUCUAGCUCUUGUUCCUGUCCCUGCUUUUUUUAACAUCUCACUGAUACUGAAAAAGACCAUCUUUUUGUCUUCUUCCCUUGGUAACAACUUCUACACUGAAGAGAGUCAUUACUGCAACCUGGAAGCUGUGAGAUGAGUUUAUGGUUGCAGAUAAUCCGUUUCUGUAGCAUUUGUUUAUUUUUUGGAUUUUAAUACAUAGGCCUAAACAAAAAUCUAGUUUAAGCCUUUAUUUGUAGUUUUCAUAAUUCUUCCUCUUUAUACAUUCAGUAUAAAGUAACUAAGGUAAGCUGAUGUUAGUUAGUUGGGCUAUCUGCUCAGGUAGCCAGCCUACAUCAGAUGCUCAGCAGACAUGUUGCUUUUAAAACUAGCUUUAAAACAUUUCUUGCCUUAGUAAGAGGGUUGGGUGGCGCUCCUUUAGUUUUCACAUCAUGACUUUCCAGGUUUUUCGCAGCUGGAAAUCUUUCCAAACAGCCACAUUUGUCUUUCAUGUUAGCGAGAGGAAAAGUGUAGAAGCCUUUUCAGCCAGCUGAUUGGUAGUGUUUAGCAACAAGUUGGGGAGGGGCAGUGUUGCUUACUACAUACAACUGGAAAAUCGCCGUUUGCUCAGUCACUUUCUCUGGCACUGCUUUAAGACGGCUUUGAGAACGACAUGAUUGCAAAUAUUUGCGAUUAUUGAAACUGUAACUUUACAAAAUCUUGCCAUACCUUGAUGUGGGUAACCGGCUCAUGCCUACACAAAGGUAUUGACAUCCUUUCAAUGUAUAUGACUUGCUUAAUAAAUAAAUAUUUAAUUUUUUCAGUGACUAGUCAUAUCUUAUAUCCACAUCAUCUCUGCUUAGAAACAAUAUGUAUGGGGAUCAGAAUCCAAGGCUAUAUGUUUCUAUUCCAGCAAUUUUGAGCCUGUGCAGAUCAUGUGCAUUAAUAUGUAAGUGUAAUUAAGUUCUUUUAUGUUGGAAAGCUCCAUGAGGGCCUUGGCAUCCUUUUGUUUUUAUGAUGCUGGGUAAGAGGCCUUAGAUGAGUCGAGUGCAAUAAUCCUUUUCGGUCCUUGAGGGUGCAAAUUGUUUGUCGGAACCACUUCUCAUUGUGUCUGUAGCUUUUUCUGCUGACUUGCAGUAACUUUUGUCAGAUUUUACUAACGAUUGGAUAUUAAUGUAUAUUCACUCUGAAUUACACAUUUUGGGUAUUUUAGCUGCACCUUGGUCACAGUGAUUCUGCUGAUGAUUGUCAUUUAUUUAAUGUUUUAAAAUAAAAUUUUCUCUUUGG